UCGAUUUAUCGCGUCUGGUUAAGACGCGAUAAAUCGAUCCCGGAUCGAUCCCGGAAGUGCUCACAGUCGGCGCCGGUACUCCAGCUCGCCGAGAGGAGUACGCGGCAUCGACGGGGGGAGACUUCCUGCCGCGUCUGGACCGCUGUAAGUUCGGACUAAGAUGCCAGCAUGAACUGAAGUUCUGUUUAGACGUUCUUUUUACAACAUAGGACAAUACGUGAGCAGCGUUCGUAGCUCAGUUUGGACCCUGCAGGUAUCAGAAAUGGGAAUACUGGAAAAGAAAAAUUGUACUGUAGCAACCCAGUUCAUUCUCAUGGGAUUCACAGAUGGGCCAAAGCUGCAGGUCAUCUACUUUGUGCUGUUCUUAGUGAUCUAUGUUAUCACCCUGGUGGGGAAUCUUGGGAUGAUCAUUUUGAUUAGGAUCAGUUCCCGACUACACACUCCCAUGUACUUCUUUCUGUGCAAUUUGUCUGUUGUCGAUAUCUGCUAUUCAUCUGUUGUCACCCCAAAGAUGCUGGAGAACUUCUUAGCACAGAGCAAAGCCAUUUCCUAUUCUGGGUGUUUGGUUCAACUGUAUUUUUUUAUUAUCUGGCUCAGCACUGAGUGCCUGCUUCUGGCUGUGAUGGCGUAUGACCGCUAUGUGGCUAUCUGCAAACCACUUCUUUACUCAGCAGUUAUGUCCCAUAAACUCUGUGUCCCAUUGGUGGCUAGCUCCUAUUUCACUAGUUUCACGAGUGCUAUGAUUACUGCAUGUUUAAUUAGCAGGUUAACAUACUGUGGCUCCAACAUCAUCAACCAUUUUUUCUGUGACACCCCUCCACUGCUAGCUCUGUCAUCCUCUGAUAGCUCCAUCGCUGAAAAUACCAUUUCUUUUUUAGCUGGUUUCACCAGUGUCAGCUCCCUCCUGAUAAUCCUCUUCUCUUACCUGUACAUCCUGGCUGCCAUCCUGAGGAUCCACUCUGCCAAGGACAGGCACAAAGCCUUUAACACUUGUGCCUCCCACCUGACAGCCGUCACCAUGUUUUAUGGGACUCUGAUCUUUACAUACUUACGCACCAACACCAGCUACUCACUGGGCCAAGACCAGGUGGCCUCAGUGUUCUACACAGUGGUGAUCCCCAUGCUGAACCCCCUUAUCUACAGCCUGAGGAACAAGGAGGUGAAGGAUGCUCUGAGGAGAUCACUAGGGAGGGGUAGUGUUUUGAAGAUGAAUGCAUUUAUUAAAAUGACUAGAAAAGAAUAA